AUGUCUUGCAAGCACGUUGAUGCGCCAGGCAAGUUGUAAUCUAAUGCCCUAGAACAAAAUUAUGCUAAUCAAUUUAUAGAGCUGCGCGUUCCAGGGCCAAAUCAGUCAGUCUAUCGCGAGGAUUGUACUCAGUGUUUUGAUUCCAUUGACGAUCCGCUUGGCCUGGAUGUAUGCUUGCAUUGCUUCAACGGAGGCUGUACUGCAGAUAGACAACAUGCUGCCCUACACUACGCUACGAGAAGUCAUCCGCUAGUACUAAAUAUUAGGAGAACUCGCAAGGUUGUGGUUCGCGAUGAGCCUCCGCAGAAGAUGUCUAAGCUAUCCAUCGCAGCCGAAACCGAAGCAGAUCGAUACGAUUAUACCACGACCGUCCGAUGCUAUGAAUGCAAUGUUGAUGAGGUUGAUAAGACGAGUGGAAAUUUGGCGACUGUGGUAGAGGGGGUUCUGAAGGCGAAUACAUUUUCCAGACAGGAGGAAGUAAAGGCUUGGGAGCAGGAGUUCACAUCUUGCGAGCACAUCCUUAUGUUGCAGCAAGAGGCCUCGAGACAAAUUCAGUCUGGGGAUCUGGGCCACUGCUCUCUCUGUGAUCUACAAGAGAACCUGUGGCUCUGCCUUCAGUGUGGCAAUCUAGGAUGCGGUCGGGCUCAAUUUGGAGGACUAGAUGGACAUUCUCAUGGAUUGGAACACAAGAAUACCACGGGACAUGCAGUGGCGGUAAAACUUGGUUCUAUCACCCCAGAAGGAACUGCGGAUGUGUACUGUUACCAAUGCGACGAAGAGCGAAUCGACGAAGACCUGGGAAAGCACCUUGCGCAUUGGGGGAUCAUUCUAGCUGAGACACAAAAGACGGAGAAGAGUUUGACGGAAAUGCAAGUCGAGGAAAACUUGCGCUGGGAGUUUUCCAUGACAAAUGAGGAAGGUCAUGAACUGGAGAAGCUAUUUGGUAAAGACUUCACAGGAUUGAAGAAUCUCGGAAACAGUUGUUAUUUGGCCAGCACUCUUCAGUGUCUGUUUGCGUUGCCACAAUUCCAAGCUCGAUACUACUUGCCAGAUGCCGAUCUUCCAGAUGUUAUAGAUCCCGCAGAAGAUCUCGAGACACAACUCCGAAAGCUAGCAGAUGGAUUAAUUUCUGGGCGAUAUUCAGAAUCAGAUCCAGAUGUAUCAAAAUCAGAUCCAGAGGUAUCUCCAUCCACGAGUUCGGGCGAGGUUGCAUAUCAAAGAGGUCUUGCACCAGCCAUGUUGAAGCAUCUAAUUGGAAGAGGACAUGCCGAAUUUUCAACGAUGCGACAACAGGAUGCUUUCGAGUUUCUCCUUCGCGUCUUCAAACUCAUUACACGCUCCAAGCACGAGGCUCCCCAACAAGAUCCGACCCAUUCUUUCCGCUUCGUGAUGGAACAACGUCUACAGUGCCUGAGUUGCAAGAAAGUCCGAUAUAGAACUGAUGAGCAAGAUAACAUAUCCGUUCCUGUUCCCAUCCGGAAAAUCUCACAACAAGCUGGAGACGAGGAUAAAAAGGAUGAGUAUGAGUCGGUUACAUUGAAGGAAUGUCUAGAUAUCUUUACCUCUGAAGAACAUGUUGAACUCACAUGUUCUGCGUGUGGUAGCAAAGAUGGCUUUAUCAAGCGAUCUCUAUUCAAGACAUUUCCGGAAGUACUCGCUGUUAACGCCAGACGCUUUAAUUUGAUCAAUUGGGUACCUACCAAGGUUGAUGUACCAGUUGUUGUUGGCGAUGAACCUUUCUUACUCGAUAGCUACAAGUCCCCAGGAAAGCAGGAUUCAGAGGAAUUGUUACCCGACGACGGCAGUGAAAGCGCACCUAAAUGGAAAGCGAAUGCAGGUAUCGUGGAGCAACUCAGUGCUAUGGGAUUCUCCGUCAACCGAUGCGAAAAGGCCUUGCACGCCACAGGCAACGAAAACGCAGAUGCAGCAAUGGAAUGGCUCUUUUCUCAUAUGGAGGAUCCCGACAUCGACGAGCCUUUGAAUCUUGGAACCCCGGCUGAUACUACCACGGCAGCGGAUCCCGAAAAGAUCAAUUCGAUUUGCGAGAUGGGAUUUACACAACCGCAAGCACGCAAGGCUCUAAGAGAAACUGGGGGUGAUAUGGAGAGAGCUAUGGAGUGGAUCUUCAGUCAUAUGGAUGACCCGGGUGAUUUGGAUGAGGAUACUCCGACAGCUGUGGCGGUAGAGAAGAAGGAUGCUGGGAGUGGGGAGCUGCCAGCGAAGUUUCAGUUGCAUUCUAUUAUUUGUCAUAAGGGGGGUAGUAUUCAUGCUGGGUAAGCUCUUUCUUUUCUCCUUCCCCCUUUUCAUUUCACACCACGUCAAUUUGGAAAUCACUAACACAAAAUCUAGUCACUACGUCGCAUUCAUCCGAAAGAGCAUCGCCGGUGGCGACUCCCCAUCCUGGGUCCUCUAUAAUGACGAGAAAGUCGUCAAGGCCUUGGACGUGGAGGAGAUGAAGAAAUUUGCGUAUGUCUACUUCUUUCAACGCAUGUGA